AUGGAUCAGACCCACACACGAGCCCUAGAGGCUCUCCAACCAUUCAUCCACCUAGCCCGCUCCAACAGCGCAGGUUCACCUCGCUUUAUCGCCAAUCUCAUCACAAAUGCCACCUCAAGCACGCAAACCUACGUCUUCGCAGAGCUGCUCGAGCUGCCAACGAUCCAAGCAUUACGGUCACCAGACACUCCAGCCGAGUUUAAGGGCUAUCUAAAGCUACUAGAGAUCUUCGCAUGGGGGACAUGGCAAGAAUAUCAAAGUAAGAUUACAUGUAUCCAAAGCCCAGAAACCGAAGCAAGCACAAAACCAUCCAAACGAAACUUUCUCAGAAAGCAAACCCCCCAAGCCACCAGAAUCAAAGCUAACCACCAACACCCCGCACCAGCAACCCCAAACCUCCCCGAGCUGAAUACCGAACAAACCCUCAAACUCCGCCUCCUCUCACUCCUAACCCUCUCAACGACAAUCAAACCCCUCACCUACAGCGCCCUGAUGACUGCCCUCAGCACCCCCACAAAAUCCGAGCUCGAAUCCCUCGUAACAACAGCCAUCUACGCCUCCUUGAUAACAGCCCGCCUCUCACCAGCCUCCAACCCACCAUCCGUGAACGUGACAGCCGUCGCCCCACUCCGCGACGUCCAACCUCAGUCCCUCCCUAAGAUGAUUGCCAACUUGAGCGAGUGGGAAUCUCGCUGCGGCGAGGUCGUCUCCGAUCUGGAGGCGGAGAUUGCGCGCGUCAAGAGCGACGCUGCGAAGCGUGCUGCACGUGCCCAGGCGCACAGUGAGAAGCUUGAGAAGGCUGUUAAGAGGAACCAAAUUGCGGGGAAGAAGGGUGGUCGGCGGGGUGGUCGCCUGGGCGCUGGCCUCGGGGGAAGUAAGAGGGAUGCCGACGAUAUUGAUGAGGAUGAUGGGUUCUUUGAGACUUACGAUGGUGGUGAGCAUGGCUCACGCAUGGAUAUCGAUGAGGCGCCUGGUGCUCGUGCGGGAAAUAGCCGGCAGCCGAAGAGGGUGUUGGGGCGAAAGUCUUGA